GAGGAGAGGAGAGGAGAGGAGAGGAGAGGAGAGGCAAAAGGCAGCAAAAACAGUCUUGGGUCAAAAGAGGGAAAACCAAGGAGUAGACAGGCUACAAAAUGUCACUGCUCCUGUGGCUGGUGUCCCAGCUGUCAUCUUGCUGGAGCAACAUCUCUAUACUGGGAGUUUUUCUUACGGUCUUUACUUUACUUCUUGACUUCAUGAAGCGCAGGAAGAAGUGGAGCCAUUACCCGCCGGGCCCAGUGUCUCUGCCCUUCAUUGGGACCAUGCUGCACAUUGACUUCCGAAACCCCCACCUCUCCUUCAACCAGCUUCACAAGAAGUUUGGGAACGUCUUCCAUCUCCAGAACUGCUGGACCAACCUGGUAGUACUGAACGGGUAUAAAACAGUGAAGGAAGCCCUGGUCCACAGAUCGGAGGACUUUGCUGACCGGCCAUACUUUCCAGUAUAUGAACAUCUGGGCUAUGGAAACAAAUCUGAAGGGAUUGUUGUAGCAAGAUAUGGGCACAUCUGGAAGGAGCAAAGAAAAUUCACGUUGUGUACCUUGAGGAACUUCGGGAUGGGAAAGAAAUCCUUGGAGGAGCGAGUGGCAGAGGAAGCUGGAUUUCUGUGCUCCGCAAUCAAUUCUGAAGAAGGUCGUCCUUUCGAUUUACGUUUUCUUGUAAAUAAUGCAGUCUGCAAUGUGAUCUGCACCACCGUCUAUGGAGAGCGUUUUGAUUACGGUGAUGAGACAUUCAAGAAGCUGUUAAAAUUGUUUGAAAACUCCCUGAAUGAAGAAGCUGGAUUCCUGCCUCAGCUUCUUAAUGAGGUGCCCAUUUUGUUGCGCAUCCCUGGAGUGCCACAGAAAGUCUUCCAAGGACAAAAGGCAUUCAUGGACUUCAUAGACGUGCUCAUAGAUAAGCACAUGGAGACCUGGAAUCCUGCUUACAUCCGAGAUUUCACCGAUGCGUUUUUAAAGGAAAUGGAGAAGGGUAAGGAGGCUGAAGAGAAUGGUUUCACCUAUAACAACCUUCGCCUGGUGACAGCAGACUUGUUUACAGCUGGUUCUGAUACCACCUCCACCACCCUCCGGUGGGCAAUUCUGUACAUGCUUCUCCACCCAGAAGUACAAAGUAAGGUCCAAGCAGAGAUUGACAAUGUGAUUGGCAAAGAGAGAUCAGCCACCAUGAAGGACCAAGUGAGCAUGCCUUACACCAACGCCGUGAUCCAUGAAGUGCAACGCUUCGGGGAUAUCGUUCCUGUCGGCAUACCUCACAGGACGUACCGGGACACCGAGCUGCAAGGCUUCUUCAUUCCUAAGGGGACGACAAUCAUCACCAACUUGUCCUCCGUGCUGAAGGAUGAGACAGUCUGGGAGAAGCCAAACCAGUUUUACCCCGAACACUUCCUGGAUGCGAACGGGCAGUUUGUGAAACCAGAGGCUUUCCUGCCUUUCUCAGCAGGUCGCCGUGCCUGCGUGGGGGAACAGCUGGCCAGAAUGGAGCUCUUUAUCUUCUUUACCACUCUCCUGCAGAAAUUCACAUUUGUGCUCCCUGAAGGCCAGCCUAGACCACGGCAAGACGGUCAUUUUGCCCUCAUUAAGUCCCCACACCCCUACCUGGUGCAAGCUGUCCCAAGAUAAGUGCACGCCACGCUCCUUUCACUCAGAGACCACCAUCGAUGCAAACGCUUGUCAGGAAUGUUGCAGGUCUAGGCAGAAUCAUGCUGGGUUCCACUCAAGACCUCUCAAGUCUGUGCAGAUGUCCCCAGCUGUGUGA